ACGUCCAGGCGCUUUGCUAACGGGAAGCCAGAAGGGUAUGAGUUGCUAGGUCAGCGAAGGAACUUUCGGCUGAUCUUUCCCUGCUGGGCAGAAUCGGAAGAGCCCCAGAAAGCAGGGAGGACAGUGGGCCUGGUCCUUCCCCGGCCGGCAGAGGGAGUCCCGAGAUGGAACGUCCAGCUCUCCUCUAACGAAAAGCGUUUGCAUGGCUGUCUUGCCAAUUCUGUACUUCCCGGGGCUGAGGAAGAGCCGAGGUGACUAGAAGCGAGCGACAAGUGCCGGCCACCUCGGGCGCCAGGCGCCGGGCUUGAAGCCCGACGGGCCGAAUUCUCGCGAGAGCGGCCGCCGCCAUUUUUCCAUUGAUUGCAGCGGACUGGGGGAGGGGCCGACGACGACGGCGGCGGUGGUAGCGGCGGCGGCGGCGGCGGCGGAGCCCUGGGUCGGUGUCUGCGCGCUGGUGUCUGAGGCCCAGGGUGAGGCCUCCGCGAUUGCUGGAGCGCAGGCGGCGGAGAGGAUGACUGCCGUUGCCAUUCUCUCUUGAGCUAGCGAGCCGCCGCCACCCUCCACCCUCCCCCGGCAGGGCGGAGAGGAGCGGCCGGAGUCAGCGAUGGUGCCCGGCGAGGAGAACCAACUGGUUCCGAAAGAGGAUGUGUUUUGGAGAUGCAGACAAAAUAUCUUUGAUGAAAUGAAGAAGAAAUUUUUACAGAUAGAAAAUGCUGCUGAAGAACCUAGAGUCUUAUGUAUAAUACAAGAUACUACUAAUUCAAAGACAGUGAAUGAACGGAUCACUUUAAAUUUACCAGCAUCUACUCCAGUCAGAAAGCUCUUUGAAGAUGUGGCCAACAAAGUAGGCUACAUAAAUGGAACCUUUGAUUUGGUGUGGGGAAAUGGAAUCAAUACUGCUGAUAUGGCUCCACUGGAUCAUACCAGUGACAAGUCACUUCUUGACGCUAAUUUUGAGCCAGGAAAGAAGAACUUUCUGCAUUUGACAGAUAAAGAUGGUGAACAACCUCAAAUACUGCUGGAGGAUUCCAGUGCUGGGGAAGACAGUGUUCAUGACAGGUUUAUAGGUCCGCUUCCAAGAGAAGGUUCUGUGGGUUCUACCAGUGAUUAUGUCAGCCAAAGCUACUCCUACUCAUCUAUUUUGAAUAAAUCAGAAACUGGUAAGAUUUGUUGUUGUAUUUUCAUAAAAUCAUAG